AUGUUUUCUGCUAUGCGCGCCAACACGACGCAGAAGGCCUACGAUGAGGCUUUUCUAGCCUGCUCGACUGCAGUAUACUUUGAGGGCCAGAACAAUGAGAAAGAGGCGUUACGAUCGUGGAAAACCGCCCUCGACCAUAUCUACUACCAUAACGCUCGUCGCAACCCCUCCACCUACCGUCCUGCGUCCGAAACAGAGAGGGCCCUGAUCGAAUCGCUGCGCCAGUUGGAGCUACAGUGCAAAGAGCGCGUGGAUCUGCUGGAAGCCCUGAAGAACAGUAGGAAGGAGUCAAAGGAGAGUCUUGCCUCGCAGUCUUCAGACAACGAUGCCCCAACACCACCUCCUCAUGGCGUGCCCCUUUCGCAAACCGAUACAAGCCGAACUUCUUCAUGGCUCGGAGGCGGAUCUAUACCACCCAUAGAGUAUACGGAUCUUUCGCGACCGCCACCGUUACCGUACCGUCCUGCAAUGGCGCCACGAAAGAGCUCUGGUACUGGAUCUAUAGCAGACAACAGCUUGAAGCAGACUCGGAGCGCAUCGACAUUAUCUCCAGGGACGGCGGGAGAGAAGAAGACGCGUACACCGUCGCCAGAGAAGAGCGGUAGAAUGCUACGGACAUUGAGACCCGGAAGGGAAAGCAAACCAUCUUCGGCCAAGUUACCUAACUCGUUAAGAAGUCGCCCAGAUGCUUCAAAGGCGGCGACUCAAGCAUGGAGUGUCAAAGCUACAGGGGCCUCGAGUCGACCAGCAUUGGGAACUAAUCCAUCGACCAAUUCCCUCACGCCCUCAGCUCGCUCGUCCAUCGACAAGCCGUCUGCUGGGAGGCCGAGUGCAAAUUGUUCUAAACCAGAAGUACAGCAACCGCCCACACAAGCACCGUUCUAUUUCAGAGCUGGCGAAGGUUCAGCAUCGACUGCGUAUGCGGUACCACCACCCAGCGGCGAAAUCGAUCCAGAACCUGUCAAAACCCCUGCGCUCGAGCGAACAACGCCAACAAUACCUCGCAAAUCAGUCGGUUCAACUCAGAUGCUUAAUGCGCAAGGGACCGCCACAGCUCUGCCCUCGUAUCGGAAGGAAUAUCCAAAGCCCGCCCCAGACCCUCGAUCCCUCGCUGCGUCUGCAGCAGCGCAUUCGUACAGCGACAACGGUGCUGAACGAGGUGGAGUCAUGUGGGAUCCUACGACACGGAGACUAGUGCCCAAAUCUACGAGUAGUUACACUAAAGCGCGAAGCAGUUCGGAGCAAGAAGACUUGCCUGAAUCUAUACCGCUAGAAGAGAAUGGAGAGUUGCUUAACCAAAGGCCAUCACCGGUGCGGAAGGGCAGGGCUAGAGGAAACUCGAUGCGUGCAGAGUUACCAGAUACCCCCAGUACAGACAGUACUGAAGCAGACCAAGAACCCGAAGAAACGGAUGAAUGGAAGCGACGGACGGACGAGAUCAUGAAGAACCUACCACGAGGUGUUGAUAAGCAAGCAGCGCAGCAGAUUUUGAACGAAAUUGUCAUACAGGGAGAUGAGGUACACUGGGACGACGUGUCUGGACUCGAAGUUGCGAAAUCAGCAUUAAAAGAGACAGUGGUUUACCCGUUCUUGAGACCUGACUUGUUCAUGGGCUUGCGAGAACCUGCACGCGGUAUGCUACUGUUUGGACCCCCAGGUACUGGAAAGACCAUGUUGGCGAGGGCUGUGGCUACAGAGUCAAAGUCUACCUUUUUCGCGAUUUCUGCAAGCAGUUUGACGUCGAAGUUUCUCGGCGAGUCCGAAAAGCUUGUUCGUGCGCUGUUCCAGCUUGCGAAGAUGCUUGCACCAUCGAUCAUCUUCGUCGAUGAGAUUGAUUCGCUCCUUUCGUCGCGCUCGGGAUCCGGUGAACACGAAGCGUCUCGACGCAUCAAAACCGAGUUUCUCAUACAGUGGUCUGAUCUGCAAAAGGCUGCUGCUGGGAGUGCAAUCAACGACAAGGACAAAGAGAGAGGCGAUGCCACUAGGGUGCUAGUACUUGCAGCGACGAACCUGCCAUGGGCAAUCGACGAAGCAGCAAGACGGCGAUUCGUAAGAAGACAGUAUAUUCCUUUACCGGAAGAUUGGGUCCGGAAGCAGCAAGUGAAGACGUUAUUGAGCCAUCAGAAACAUGAACUGAGCGACCACGAUUUGGACUGUCUGGUCAAGCUCACUGACGGCUUCUCUGGUUCUGAUAUCACUGCGCUUGCGAAAGACGCCGCUAUGGGACCAUUACGCUCACUGGGCGAGAAGUUGCUGUCCAUGACAAUGGAUCAAAUACGGCCGAUACAGUUCCAGGACUUCAUAGCGAGCCUGCAGACUAUCAGACCCUCAGUGAGCAAGCAAGGGUUAAAGGAAUUUGAGGAUUGGGCUACACAAUUUGGUGAGCGUGGAGGUUGA